UUGAAAAGCUUAAACCCUGAGAAACCAGAACGAAACCUGUGACAGUCAUUUCUGUGUUUUGAUUGAACUGAAUCAAUCAUCGUUCAUCCCUGAUCAGCUAGGUAUAAUUCUAAUGCUCGUGUAUCGAAGUUGAAUACAAUGUCUUUGAAGCGAUUACAGCUAGCUCGCACUCGCUAUCGUUCGUCUCAGAUUGGACAAGAAUCUUCAUCCAAUCUGCUUGGUAGCUGCAGGAGCUAUUCCAAUGCUUUAGCAAACGGUUCUGAUGGUAGUUUUAAGGGUUUACAUAGUCAUUUGUUUAAAGGCAACGAUGGAUUUUCAUUGGCUAGUGUUAAGACUUUGACGCUUCGAUCUACAAUGGCUCCGGAGUUUUCCAUUUUCAUGAAUGAUAGAAGGAUGUCAACUAUUGUAUCCAAAACCCCUACAGCACAAGCACGGCGUGUGGGAGCACAGAUAGCCUUGGCAAGUCCUGGAUUUAUCUAUGAACCUUAUGAACCUCGUGAGAAAAUCCCAUUUUGGAAAAGGUGUUUCACAAGAAGUGGUUGGAAAAGAACGAAAAACGACAUAAUUCUGGAGCUAAAAAGUGCCUAUGCCAUUGCAAAGUUAAGAAAAACAGGAUAUUCAAAGAAUCAGUUCUACAAAGAGGCUAUCAGUAUGUACAAGGAGAUUAACACACUAAUAGCUAAUGGUGACAAAAAAUCCUUAAGGAAAGCUGUUACCGAGAAGAUGUUUUCUACGCUUAAGAAUGAAAUUAAACAACGAGAAACUACAUGGAGUGGGGUUUACUGGGAAUUGGUUGAGCCUGUUGUUAUGAUACGGACUCUGCGUGCUCGUAUGAUCGGAGUUGAUCGAAAUGACACAAAUAAAGUAUUUUAUCAGCUCACUAUGGAGAUUUUGGCUAAACAAAAAUUUGAAGGAUAUGACUUAAAAGGUUCUGUUAUUGCUGGAGACAAAAACAAAGAGAUUCUUGUCCGUGAUAUAUGGGUAUUUGAGAAGUCUACGUUUCACCCUGGAGCAUACUGGCGUCUUUGUGGACGUAUAACUCCACAAGCAUCAUAGCUAUCUCCAUGAAAGAAGACUCCAAAGUUUAUGAUAGUUAUAUUUGUUCAUAAAUUGUAACUUAUUUCUGUUGAGCUGAGUUGCCACAAACCUUUUACUUGUUUCCUCUAGAUACAAGUUCAUCUUAGAGAAGUUUUGUUUUAGGAAUAAAAUCAAAUAUACGUGUAAACCUAUCCAAAUUUUGUUUUUUUUUUCAGUGAAAUUGAUUCGGAAACCUAAUUGAGUAGUAAA